ACACUGCAUACGUAAACAACAAUUGAUUUUUCGCAAGCUAAAAACAUGUCUGUGGCUGCGAAAAAAAUUGCUGAGGCUGAGCAAUUAGUGCAAGCAGCUGAAAAAAGUUUAAAAACAUCGCUACUGAAAUGGGUACCUGACUAUGACAGCGCUGCCGAUGAGUACGCGAAGGCAGCAACUGCGUAUCGCAUUGCGAAAUCGUUUGACAAAAGCAAGGAGUGUUUGUUGAAGGCUAUUGAGUGCUACAAAAACAACAAGUCCUGGUUCCACGCUGCAAAGUCAUACGAGCAGAUAAUUUUGUUGUGCAAAGAUCUGGACAAACUGACAGAUGUUGAGGAAUAUGCCAACAAGGCGUGUAGCCUGUAUCAACAACAUGGUUCACCAGAAGCUGCUGCCUCCGCAUUGGACAAAGCGGCCAAGUUGACAGAGCAAAAGUAUCCAGAGAUGGCUUUGCGUUUCUAUCAGCAUGCAGUGGAGGUCAUUAUGAUUGAGGACUCAACACGUCAGGCAUCCGAAUACUCUUCGAAAGUGUCAAGAAUCUUGGUGAAGCUGCAGCGAUACGAGGAGGCGACAAAGGCGCUUAAAAAAGAAAUCGGAUUCUAUCAGCAAACCGAAUCAUAUGGUCAGAUUGGCCGUUUGGUUGUGGCGCUUGUCUUAGUGCAAUUGGCAUUGGGUGACUCCGUGGAGGCCGAAAAGUCCUUCAAGGAAUGGGGCUCUUGCUGUGAGGCUGAAGAGGUCUCCACGCUGCAGACUCUGCUGCAAGCUUUCGACGAUGAGGACGGCGAACUGGCAGCUAAAAUGUUGGCAUCGCCAUUCAUCCGACACAUGGACGUGGAAUAUGCCAUUCUAGCCAAGAACAUUCCAUUGCCCAAGGGCCUCGAAGUGGAGAAGAAAUCUGGUGGCGCCAAUGAAUCGAACAGUACCAGAGAACUCGAUGAGGAGGAUGGCGAGGGGUUGUGUUAAACGCUCGUCCAUAAUUGUUAUUUAACUGCUAACCAACAA